UUGAGCUGUACCUGAAACGUCUUCUGGAAAUCAAGAAAUCAAGAAGAAGAGUAGCCUCUCCAUGACAGAACCCUUAGACGACGGUUGUCCCAUCUGCCGAGAUCCGUACAGAACUUUUGAGCUGCUGGCUCGCACAACUUGUCUUCAUUUUUACCACGAAGACUGUUUGAAGAAUUGGCACGAGGACUUCUCAAGGCGCAGCGGCAAGGCAAUUAUCUGUCCAUAUUGUAGGAAGUCCUACAUCCCCGAGCACACACUCUGUUUUGGCAUAGCAGUGCAGCCUCCGAAGGUCAGACUUCUCAAGAACUUCGUCCCACCAGUGCCGCCCUACCCUCUUCCCGACCUCUACACCGUCCACUGGCCCCUCCUCCCUCGUCGACCUUCACCUCAACAACCUGCGUAUCAACCCCCAGUUCUUCGACGCCGCCGCUUCGGAAGCAGCAGCGCCGACCCCAGCGAGCCAUAAUCCAGGCCGCUUCUGCGGGCCGCCGGUCCUUGUGGCGCGGCAGUUCUUUUUUCUUUUUUUUACUUUUACGUAGGAGUCUUCAUUAUUUUCUUUUACCCUACCGUCGAGAUUUCGUCGGCCAUAUCCAAUCUUUCUUUUCGUUUUGCGCGACGACGGUGAAAACUGAAAACAGUCCCCCCCUCGGUUUUUUACUAUUUUACUUUCUUGGUAAACGGCAUCGAAACCCCUUCUCUCUCGUACUCGCGGACCUAAACCCCUCCUCUCUCUCGCACAGAGACCUAAAGAUCGCUCUUUCUUCAAUGGCGAACGUCGACGCCUCUCUCCGGUGGAGGAAGAAGCACUGGGUCGUCGACGCUGUCAAAACAGAUCUGGAAAUGGCGAAGAAGUCAUUAGAGGAAAAAAUGCAAGAGAAGAGGAAACUUAUAAGGAAUCGUGAAAAGGAGCUGGAGGAAUGCAGACUCGAGAAAGAGGAACAUCACAGAAAUGCAAAUCUCUUAGACGAAAAAGAUGCUAUGAUUAACAACUUUGAAGAAACUCUAGCAAAUAACAGGCUGGCAACAGGGAGUCUGAACACUAAAUUGGGUGAUGUGCUUCUUGAGUUAAAGAUAAGGCUACUCAAAAUCAAGCCUGAAUUGAAAGAUAAGGCUCUCACUGUCAGCUCCUAUUUGGCUUUAGUUCCAGCUUCCUCUCAGGCUACCUUUCCAUACCUAUUUGCUGUCAGCAAGUACUUGCAGGUCAGUAGCGUUCAGCAGAAGCAUGAUAAAAAGGAACGAUGUCUAAAAGCUAAACACAGUGAAGAGCUAAAGCAGAUCCAACUUCAAGCUGAAAAUGAGUUGAGAGAGAAAAUGACAUCAAUGAGGAAUGAACAUGAAACCCGACUGAGAGCUUUGGGACUUCAGCAUGAAGAUGAGAUUAACAAGCUUCAGAAGGACUUGUAUCUUCAAAAGUCCAAAGAGGAGAAGCAGAGGGCAUUACUGCAAUUGCAGUGGAAAGUUAUGAGCGAUGAGCCAGAAGAGGAGCAAGAAGUGAAUUUGAAGAAGUCUCAGGAAUACUCAAUUUCGUCGAGGAGAAACCCUGUUAUCAGAAGGAGAGGUCAGCAUUCUCUGAGAAGACCGGAGCAUGAGAAGGAUUCACCUUUAGUGGGAGCAACACAAACACCAGUGUCAACACUUUUGAAGAAAGCUUCAGAGAAUAUGAAUUCACCAACUGUAAUGAACAUUUCAAAGCACCACAAAAAGGUAAUUCGUGACGGAUAUGAAAUUGAAACUGGUAAUGGAAGAACUAUUAAACGGAAAUCCAGAAGCACAGUCAUGUUUGUGGAUCCAAGAAAACAUAAGAGGACAAGUACAUCAAAAGUCAAAAGCCCCAAGAGUGUGGUCAAGGGAUCUAAGGGAGAGGGUCAACCAUGUCCUUCAAAUAUAGGUGACCUGUUUUCAGAAGGGUCUCUGAAUCCAUAUGCUGGUGAUCCAUAUGCAUUUGAUCAAGGUCAGGAAAGAAAUCUCUAUGGUACCUCUUAACUGCCUCACUCACUAGCCGGCAUCUGAUCUGAACUUGUACAGGAUUUGUGGUCAUGCUUCCUCUUGCGUAUAUGUGGACAUAGAAUUAGGGCAAUUUUUACUGAUUUGGAUCAUCAGUUUGAACUCUUUUGUAACGAGUUAACAUCACAUUCUUUGUACAUAUGGGGAUCUGCUCAUUACUGAUAGUGGUACACAGUUGAUCUAUGUGAUCACUGCAAAUAGAUAGUGAAAAAAUGGUCAAAGACUUCAUUGAAAAUUUGAUUCCUACUUUGCAGA